AUGACUGCUUCAAGAAUCGCCGUGGCACAAUUAUGCUCCUCUGCUAAUGUAACUAGGAACCUCCAAGUAGUGAAAGACUUAAUUCAAAGGGCUAUCGAUGCCGACGCCAAAGUCAUCUUCUUCCCCGAGGCAACUGACUUCAUCUCCCAAGGACCACAGCAUUCCAAAUUACUAGCUAAUGAAUCCCUUGAUUUCCUAAAUGGUAUUACAACAAUGAUAAAGACUACGAAGACUAAGAUUGAUGUCUCCAUUGGGGUUCAUCUCCCACCGAUAAAGGGAGAAGACAGAAUUCAAAAUGCAUUGGUUUACAUAUCCGCAGAUGAAGGAAUUAAAUCCAUUUAUAAAAAGAUUCACAUGUUCGAUGUGGAUGUCCCCAAUGGUCAAUCAUUUAAGGAAUCCAAUUCUACCGCCCCAGGACGUUUCAUAGGUGAUAUCAUUAAUACUCCCGUUGGGAAAUUAGGCCCUUCAAUUUGUUACGAUAUUAGAUUCCCCGAAUUAGCUUUGAAACUAAGGUCAAUGGGUGCUGAAAUUAUUUGUUAUCCAAGUGCAUUUACCAUGAAGACUGGUAUGGCACAUUGGGAAAUAUUGGGGAGGGCAAGGGCCAUAGAUACUCAAUGUUAUGUUGUCAUGCCUGCUCAACAAGGUGUUCAUGACACUGGAGCGGUUGCCAAUAAGAGGGAAUCGUGGGGUCAUUCCAUGAUAAUUGACCCCUGGGGUGACAUAAUUGCAAGAGUAGAUGCAAGUGUUAGUGAUCCUCAAAUAAUAUGUGCUGAUUUAAAUAUGGAAAGACUUCACCAACUACGAGAAAGCAUGCCUUUAAUGAAACAACGUCGAAAAGAUAUCGAUUUUGGAUUAUAA